AUGGAGACGAUAUUAUAUCAUGAAAGUCAAGGCACAAAGUCAUCACUUUAUCGAAAGAAUAUCCAGCGACUUACAAAAACCUUCCUCACGUUAUCUCUGAGUGACAUCGCAAGGAGAGUUCAUCUACAUGCACCGCAAGAGGCUGAGCAGUAUGUCAGAAAUACGAUUGAAGACGGUGAGAUCCAUGCAACUAUCAGCAAACAGAAUGGAAUGGUUCAUUUCCAUGACAACCCAGAAAAUUUGAAAACCCUGCAGUACUCAGACAUGUCGAGCAACAGAUGCAGCAUUGUAUCAGUCUAGAUGAGAAGCUAAAGAGCAUGGAUCAAGAGAUAGCUGUUAACCCGCAAUAUGUUCAAAAGAGCAUGGGAGUACGAGAAGACGAUGAAGUGGGCGGAGUCUUUGGAGGGAAAUAGGACACACUGUAUAGCUGGAUGUACAUAACCAUAGUGGAUUUGUGAACUGCAGGGAACAGGAAAACAGAAGAAUGACAUAACCUAUUUAUAUAUACCAACCUUUUUUUUCAAAAUUCAACCCUACAUGAUAUUGUUAUUUAAACAUAUUUGUGGCUUACACCCA